GCCGCGUCAACCCCGGUCCCCAGAUUCUCCUCUUUUGGGGAGCUUGUCGCAAAAUGGGGACGGAGAGGGAAGUCGCAGAUGAGGCAAAAGCUACCAGGGCUCGUGCUGCUGCAGGUGCUGCUGCAGUUGAUCCUUGCUAAAAAGUCCCGAAAAGGGGAACGGCCGCUCCUGCUGAGCGAGACCUUGAUCGUGACUGCCGUUCUACCGUUCUGCCUCGCUUGGCAUUUUCCAUCCCUUUAUGACGGAUUCUCAUCCCCUUGGUCAGCCUGCCGUCGCCUGCCGUCGCUUUUCUCCUCCCCUCCUCACGCUGUCGUUCAGCACAACCUACUCUCUCGACUGCGCGCACCGCCCAAUGCCUGCUCCCCGAUCGGUCGAGCUUUUCUGGAGCUGGCUGGCUGGCGGGACGUGAUAGUAAUCAUAGUCGUAAUCCUCGGUAGAUAGGCCUCCGCUUCCAAGGUGCGCCCGUUCGACCGAACGGUGAGCACCGUCCGGCAGGCCAAAUCGCCACGUGGCGGGCAAGGCGAAGAGUUGAGCAGAAGAGGGACAAAGGCAAAAGGUUUCGAAACAGCAUCCACGCCUGCGCCGGGCGAUCACAGCACAGGCGGGCUUGCGGAAAGGAAGGACGGCGGAGAAGCACCUUGUCAGCCCGCCCUCAGGUUUCGGGCGGCAAAAAAGGAGGGAAGAGCGAAAGAUCAGCCGAGGCGUUUUCAGCGGACGCAGAGACAGCGCACGACACACGGCACUUGCACAGCAUUCGCAGCACAAAGACACGCACGCGCCCGACGACACCUUCCGCACGCAGGAGCCUUUCCGCCUCUGCACCUGCCAAACCCACUCGAGCCGCCCGCGCCUGUUCGCCUCCCCUAUCCAAUCAAGGCGGGACAGGAAACAUCUGGAAACGUGCGACAGCAUAGGCGCAAAGAGCCGAAGCUAGAAGCCGCCCUCCACCUUGUUGACCCUGCCCGUUGGCCCCCCCGUGAUUACAGCGACCAUGGAAAUCGACAGCCGCGCGACUGCCACGGACGAGAUGGCAGUGGACUCGCCAGUCAUGGUUGACGGGGCGAUCGGCGAGGAGCUGUCGGAACACGCCCGGCCUCGAAAGCGCACGCGGCGGGCCUGCGACAAGUGCUCGGCCUCGCGCACACGCUGCAACGGCGAAUGCCCGUGUCGACGAUGUGAAGGUAUGCUGUCUCCUGUGCGGGUCCCUGGCUAUACAUGAUGCGUUAUUUUCGUCGUAUAAUUGUAUCCCAUCGCCGCAUAUCCAUCUUUUAUGUCUUGGACUCUCGUGGUGGUCGUACUCGUCUAACAGAGCUUAUUUGUUAUCAUCGCCUUCUGUAGACUAUGGCUACGCAUGUCGCUACAACCGCGAGAUCAAGAAGCGCGGGCGGGCGCCCAUCUCCAUGAGUGGCGCCAGCGGUGACUCGACCCGGCCUGACCCCAGUCAGGCAAUGGAUAAUACGAGCUCCAAGGAGAGCUGUCACACGCGCCGCAGUAGCAGUGGCGCACACGGCGACGGGAGCCAGCAGCAGUGGCGGCACCAUAGCCAUCGUGCUAGCUUCGGUAGCAGCAACGGCCACGCUCCCACCACGCACUACGCAAGCCAUCACGGCGGCGGCCCCGGAAGCACUCCCUCUCCGUCCGUCUCCUCACCCUCUGGUGGUGGCGGCCCAGCCUUCCACGGCCAAGUCCUGUCACCACCCAGCACGGCCAGCGGCGAGGCCAGGCCAUCAUCUUUUUUUAUAAGACAUGGCAAUAGCUACAGCGACUCGGCUGCAGUCCCACGGCCUCCUGUACAUGGCAGCAACGGUAGCCACGGCAUUACCACCACAGCCCAGCCAGAAUCGCGAGACGGAGGCGGCCUCACCCUCGCCGGACCGCAGCAACAGUACCACCAACAGCACCACCACCACCACCAUCCAGCCGUUUCCACCUCAACGACCGUGCUGCCUGGUAUCUUGACUGUGCCUGCCGGUCCCAAUACCGCGGCCUCUCCGCCCACAGUACAUCCUAGCAUCCCCGCCUAUCUCCCAUCUCUGCACUCACCAAGCACUGCAGUUAGCGCUAGCGGGGGUAGCUACGGAACUAGCGUCCAUGCUCAUAUGCAACUGGCAUCGCUGCUCGACUCGACGGCCGUGAUGGAUCACCCUGGAACAGCGGCAGUAGGCAUGUCCUCAGCACACCACCACCACCACCACCACCAGUCGGCCACCACCGCCCUUGCUAGGGCCGGAGGGCCACAGCAUGAGGGGACCAGCCCACCUGGAGGUCGAGUGCCUUCGGUAGCGGGUAGUCAGCACACGGCUGGCGGGCCUGGUGGUGGAGGGACUGACGCGGCGCCGUCCGACGAAAGUGCCGGGUACCCUUCGCCAGAUCACGGUGCCGGGAGCGUCAGCGGGGGAGUCGGCCUCUCUCCCCAUGCGCAACCCCGAGGAGUCUCGUUUAGCGGCCAGGGUAGUAGCGGUGGUAUCAUAGGCAGGACACCCGGGCAUGGGCACAGUCGCGGAUCCUUCAGCACGAGUGCAACCUCGGUAACCGGUGGCGUCGGCCCCGGUAACAGCACAGUCGGGGCGGCCGAGCCCGGUGGAAGCGGCAGUCUCGGGGGUGGUGCGGCUGGCGGCAUGGCAUCGACUUCGACGCCGCCACUGUUCCCUGACAUACAGCGCGUAUCUUCCUUGUACCGAGCGCCGAGCGCCGACUGCCGGUACGCCUGCCUCGCACCAGUGCUCCCAUAUUUGGGCAACAUCAUACCUGCCAGCGUCGCGUGCGACCUGCUUGACGUGUACUUGACAGAACCAGGAAGCUCGCUCUUCCGCUGCGCGAGCCCCUACAUUUUGACACGAAUCUUCCGCAAACGCUCGCUGCUGCACCCGACUCGGCCUCGCCCGACGACCCCGGCCCUCCUGGCGACGAUGCUGUGGUGUGCCGCUCAGACGGCCGACAUUGUCCUGCUGCAUGUACCUGGGUCUCGCAGCAAGAUCACCAAUGCGCUAUAUGAGCUGUCGACCUCGCUGAUAUCCGCAAGGGACCCGGAUCGGUGGCGGAGGAUACACGGCGGCCUUCGCGUGGAGAACGACCAGUCGCAGAACCACUAUGCAGCCUACAUCCGCAACAUGCACGGCGGUGGCGUAGGAGGGAUUGGUGCCCAUCAGCCCGAGACGACGGCGACGAACGAGCCCGCGGGCCUGGUGGACGAUGUCUUGACUCUGGUGCUGCUGUCUAUCGCGGUCUCAGGGGGUGACUUCAAGUCGGACUGCUUCAAGUGGUGGUCCAAGGCCAUUCGCCUCACUCUAGCGCUUGGCCUGCACCGCGAGGACGACCGCUGCUCGGCGUCGAUUUCGCCUUGCGCCAACCCUCUCUGCUCGUGCCGCCGCGAUCAGGACGUGCACACGCUGGCAGGACAGGAAGCAUGUGAGGAGCGCCGCCGCGUCUUCUGGCUCGUCUACUGCCUUGACCGCCACCUGUCGCUUUCGUUCAACAGCGUGCUAUCCAUCCCGGAUUCGUACUGUCAAGUUUAUGCUCCCCUGCCCGAGGGCGUCUGGGAAGACCUUGACGCCGUCUCGUCAACGACUGACAUGCCCGCGCGCGUGCUUGGGCCACCAGGUGUGGUGACGGGGACGGGCUUUUUCGAGUACUUUUUGCCCCUCAUGGCCACCCUGGGGGACAUUAUCGAGGUGCACCACCGCCGCCUGCACCCGCGCCUCGGCGGGCUGGACGAUUCUGGAGCUGUCGCCCUUAUCGGCGGACGACUGGCAGCUUGCGAGCGGAGCCUGGAGCGUAUGGCGCUUGAGGCUGAACACUCAUCCUCGGCGGCAACGACGGGGACGGCCGGUACUGCGGAAGCACACCAUCCGGUGCAUCACGACUACAGGGCCAACUCUGCCGCUGCCGGUGGCGAUGAUGUCGGCGCUGGAAGGGUCGGUAGCAUCACCAUAGCUCCGCUGUCGCCCGCCCCAAUCGGUGGGACCCCUGGGCCGCACAUCAAGGACUUGGUCACGGGCGGGGUGGCAGGAGCAGCCUCAUCGACGUCUACACACGGCGGGAACGGAAACGGGAACGGGCAUAGUAGCGGUAGCACGGCGAGGGGAGGGAGCGUCGGGGCUGGCGGCGGUAGCGGAACGGGAGGGCACGGCUCUAUCGCGCCCGCAGCAUCGUCGGUCGGGGCGGCCGUGGGCAACGGCGGGGGCGGCAGCGGCAGCGGCAGCACGUCUCCUUUACAGCGGCGUCCGCAGCCACACAAGACUCACAACUCUACCCGCCCCGCAACAGCGCGCGACCGAUCGAGGCUGCAGCUCGUGUUGGCAUACAGCACUCACAUCCUCCACGUCCUCCACGUGCUGCUACACGGAAAAUGGGACGCCAUCUCGAUGCUGGACGACGACGACGACUGGAUCACGUCGACACGCUUCAACGACUGCGCGACGCACGCCAUCUCGGCCUCGCAGGCCGUCAGUCGCAUCCUGCGGCAUGACCCGGAGCUGACGUUUAUGCCGUACCUCUUUGGCAUAUACCUGCUGCACGGGUCUUUCAUACUGCUGCUGUUUGCGGACCGCAUGCCCCAGCUCGGCGGGCCCAACCAAUCGGUCGAGCAGGCGUGCGAGACGAUUGUGCGGGCGCACGAGGUCUGCGUCGUCACGCUCUCGACCGAGUUCCAGAAGAACUUCAGGAAGGUUCUCCGAAGCACACUGUACAGCGUUAGGGGAUCGAGCCCCACCGAAUGGGAGGAGCACAAGGCGCGGCGGCGGGCGCUCAGCCUGUACCGCUGGACUCGCGGUGCCAAGGGCCUGGCUCUGUGAUUUUGUCCUGUGAAAGCCUUGGGCUAAGAUGUAAUGAUGUAUGUGUUUGGAUAGCUACUUUUUUUUCUUGAUCACUUUCUGCCAGCUUUCGGUUUCGGUAACAACGAACUGUCACCUCAUUAUAAGUUGGUGUGUUUUGUACUACGGGUGGCAAUGUCACACAGGGCAUUCCAUCUCCCGCCAACCUAAGGCAAUAGAUAACAAGAAACCAAUAGAGGAACAUAACCA